AUUGACGAAUCAGUCUGCCGGCCAUCUAAACCGCCGUCGCUCGCAAGCGCCGGUUUUUAUUGCGAGUCGCGCGUCGCCAUCGACGCACGCGGCUACAGUCACCGCGACAUGACACUGUGACGUGAUAAUAUGAGUAGAGCCGAAGUGUCGGCGGAAGCCGCCGCGCCCAGCGUGGCGAUCCACGUGGAUCAGUAUGAGGAUCAAGCAGAAGAGAACUCAAAGCUUCUUGACCUGCACGCGCCAACGCCGAUCGUAACGCCCUCUGGACAAAUGCGCAAAGUCAAGAGCUUCACAGAUACACACAGAAUCCGCGAUGUGAGUGCUGCUUCUGGUGCUGCUUCAGCCCGCUGUCUGCGGCCAUAUGACCAAGUGAAUAUUUAUCCUGAAGGCUCUGAUAGUGGCACGCAAUAUGGUGCUCAAUCUGUUCGAUCUCUCGCCUCGAUCGGGAUGGGAUGCACAGACGGACGAAAAAUGGUUAUUAAACGGGUACCAACAUCGCCUACGGAACUGUUCCAUCUAGUACGUCCUCCUACGCCUCCCGAUGAGGAUACGGCUUCACAUGAGAGCUGCGAAGAAGAAGAGGAAGAAGCCGACCACCACCUAAAGCCACGCCGACCGUUUUGGGCCAACAAAAUCCAAUUCGUGCUGGCUUGUGUUGGCUACUCGGUGGGACUGGGAAAUGUUUGGCGAUUUCCUUAUCUGUGUUACAAAAGUGGCGGAGGUGCAUUUCUCAUUCCUUAUUUCAUAAUACUCUUGGUGUGUGGCGUUCCUAUGCUGUUCAUGGAAUUGGCUGUUGGACAAUAUACGGCGCAUGGACCCAUAGGGGCUCUCUCACAAAUAUGCCCCCUAUUCAAAGGUGCUGGGCUUGCAAGCGUUGUGAUAUCCUUUCUAAUGUCUACUUACUAUGCUGUGAUAAUAGCAUGGGCGAUUUACUAUUUCUUCACAUCGUUUAAGUCAGAAGUACCGUGGGCUAGUUGCUCGAACAGAUGGAACACAGCCCAGUGUUGGGUGCCGCAGCACAACUACACGAAACCGAAUGGAUCUCAGACACCUACCGAACAAUUCUUCGAGAAAAAAGUCCUGAAUAUUAGCAAUGGGAUCGAAUUUCCUGGUGGCAUGCGGUGGGAAUUAGCAGCUUGCUUAGUCUGUGCUUGGGUGUUAGUAUACUUCGCCCUCUGGAAGAGCAUUAAAUCAUCCGCCAAAGUUCGUUACAUCACGACAACACUACCAUUUCUACUGAUUAUAGUGUUCCUGGGGAGAUCACUAACACUAGACGGCGCUGACGUCGGAUUACGAUACUUCUUCAAACCCGAUUGGGAAUUAUUAAAACAAUCGAGACCAUGGGUGAAUGCAGCGUCUCAGAUCUUUAACUCCAUCGGAAUAGCCUUCGGCUCAAUGAUAAUGUUUGCUUCAUACAACAGAUUUGACAAUAACUUCCUACACGAUACGCUGGCCGUAUCACUGGUCAAUGCGGUUACUAGCCUUAUAGUAGGAAUUUUCACAUUUGCAACUAUUGGAAAUAUUGCAUUUGAACAGAACACCUCAGUAAAGGACGUAAUUGCAGAUAGUCCAGGUUUACUGUUUGUUGUGUAUCCUCAAGCCAUCGCUAAAAUGCCAGCGCCACAGUUAUGGGCCGUAUUAUUUUUCUUCAUGUUCCUUUGUCUGGGACUUAACAGUCAAUUCGCGAUAGUGGAAGUGGUAGUGACUUCAAUUCAAGAUGGAUUUCCUGAUAUGAUUCGACGGAAACUUGUUUAUCACGAACUUUUGGUGCUGUGUGUUUGCGGAGUGUCUUUAUUGUUCGGAUUACCGCAUAUCAUCCACAGCGGAAUAUACGUGUUCCAGCUAAUGGAUUACUACGCGGCCUCUCUCAGCAUAACAUACCUUGCAUUCUUUGAAGUCGUGGCCAUAGCGUGGUUCUACGGCGUAGGCCGGUUGUCUAGCAAUAUCAAACAGAUGACAGGACGGGUUCCAUCCUUCUACUUCCGGUUUUGCUGGUUGAUAGCAACACCGGCGCUUCUGCUGGCCCUGUGGGUGGCCAGUUUAGUGGACUACACCCCGCCCGGGUAUCGCCAAUAUGCCUACCCUGCUUGGGCACAAGUACUUGGAUGGAUCAUAGCUUCAUUGUCGUUACUGUGCAUUCCUGUAUACGCAGUGGUUACGAUCGUUAGAGCCCCCGGAAAAAGCUUAGGAGAGAAAUUCCGUCAUUCAAUAAGGCCAACUUCAAUGUGCGAAUGUGGCGUAAGCGGGUGUGAUAUUUGCUAUUCUGAAUCAGAGCCUCCAGACGACAAAACGAAUAUAAACUAGUCUUUAUCUUACAUACCGUUGUAGGUACAUCAUUUUAUAACAAGUCAGAGAACUUACAUAACCAGAAUGUAUUUACUGCGACUUGUAAGACCGUGUCGAUCACGAUAAAAUAGUCUGUAAGUAGCUAUGAAUCGAAUAAGUACGACUCCGCAUUACUUCGUGUGAGAAUACAAGUACUUGAAGAUAUCAAGAAUAAACACGACAAAGAUAUAACAAGACGUUCCUCCUCCAUCACAUUAUCAUUAAUUUACAAUGAGGCAGAGACCGCAAUCGACCUUAAACAAUAAUCAUAAAUAGCAGUGUGACAUACAUUUCAACACUCGAAGCUAACGAUUCGCUUUACAGAAAAUACAAUAGUUGGAGAUAACGAGCGCUUCAAGAAAUUCUCGUGGAAUAAUAUUCUACAUUAUGUUGCAAAUUGUAAACAAGCCUCAAGGAAGAAAGCUAACAAGUGUGAUAAUGAAAUAGUCGGACUUAUUUAUUCGAAAUUAAUACACGAAACUAUUGGUUUUCACUUUAAAUCGAAUGCACAAUGAAAUAAAAUACGAACUUAUCUACCUAAGGUAUAAAGCUAUGUAUAAUCUUUAGGACCAAAUCAGUGGAAGUUAUGAAACAAUUUAAAACUCUUAGAAACUUUCGGAUAUAUUUACGGCAAUUAUUCUAAAAACUAUUUUUGUAAAGCGCUACCGCGAUACAUACCUAAUAUCAACUUCCUUCUUGAUAGCUACUUCUGUUAAUCGUAACUUCCUGCUUAUAGUUAUUGUGAAUGAACUGUAUUUGAUGUGUAGUUUUAUGCCAGGUGCAUUUUUUAUACAAUAAACAUGAUUUUUUGGAAGAAAAAUAUCGAAAAUCAUUCCAUUUAUCAGUCUUGUUUUUAAAAUGAAUGUGAGAAGUACAAGAUUAUGGAGACGUCAAUCAAAAUAUGUGUAUGUAUUAGAAAAAAAACCUAGUUCCAAAGGUAAAUUAUUCUAUGAGUUCUAAGCAAUAAAUAUUUCAAUAUAUUUGAUUGGGUCAUUGAAAUAAUCCUAUAAAAAACAUUUUAGAUAUUAUAUAGGUACCUACUCUAUUCAAUCCAUUGCCACUACUUAUUAUGUAGUUACCAAUUUUUUUUCUCAAAAACAUAGAUAUUAAGAAAAAGAUAUGAGCUUCGUAAUGUGAUAACAUGUUACAUUCCAGUAAAUGAAUAUAUUAAGUAAAUUAUUAUUAAGUUAUCUUUGGCUAUGUACAAUUUAAUUAAGGAAGAUUUUAGUAUUAUAAAUUUUAUUGUCAAGAAAAGCAAUAAUAACAAUGAAGGUUGUGCUAAUUAUAUUUAUGCUGCAGCAAUAAACUUAGAUGAAAUUUAAAACUAUACCAUUACAA